CUCUAGAUAACUCUCGCCGUCCUCUCUUUCUUCCUCCCCUUGUUCCUCAGAAAAGGUGUAGUCUGUAUACAAGAUCUCUGAUUUGUGAUUAAAUUCUGAAGUUAUCUUUCUUCAGAAGAUGGCAUUUUUUCUAGGAUUAAGUUUUCUCUAUUUUUAACUUUCUCAAAAUCAUUUUCUCUGUUAAUGAUUCUAUAUCAGAGGAUUUCUAGUCAGUGAUUCAAAUUUAUUCUUUUCUUUUAAUCUCUUAUUUUCGAAAUUCUUCAUCUUCAGUUGUUUCUCUUUUCCAUUUCUCUCAGAAGUUUCCCACUGUGUGAUAUGAUUCAAUUGAUUGAAGUCGUUUCUCAGAAGAUCCAACUGUGUGAUAUGAUUCAAUUGAUUGAAGUCGUUUCUCAGAAGAUCCAACUGUGUGAUAUGAUUCAAUUGAUUGAAGACGUUUCUCAGAAGAUCCCACUGUGUGAUAUGAUUCAAUUGAUUGAAGACGUUUCUCAGAAGAUCCCACUGUGUGAUAUGAUUCAAUUGAUUGAAGACGUUUCUCAGAAGAUGAGAGAUCCACAUAAGAGUUUUUUAUGUUACUAUUUUUUUCUCGAGCUCGACCGCGUGUGCCGCUCCUGCGAGCUCGACCUCGUGUGCCGCUCAUGCGAGCUCGACCGUUUUAGCAGGUCCUGCGGGCUUGCUCGUUUUAGCAGCUGAACCCAUCUAGGGUUUUGGCCUACUACUAAUAGUCAAGUUAGCAUAGCAUAAUUAUUAAAGAUUUUAGAAAUAGAAAGGGAGGGAAAGAAGUAGAAAGCAGAAUUUUCAGAGAUUUUCAAUCUGAAGAAAUAGAAAGGAAAGGAGAGAAGUAGAAAGGUAAGGAGAAAGAUGGCAGAGAUGCACCACGGUCCAUUUUUGAACCAUGAAAACGAAGCGUUGAUUCAAGCGGUUAUUCAUCAUGGAAGAAACUGGGAAUUCAUCAGAACCCAAUCAGUUUGGAGCCACAUUCUAAUCCACCCGACAGGUCAACAGUUGAAAGAUCGAGUUAGAAGUAUGGUGAGAGCACAUAAUGCUCGGGUUGCAGCUGGUCAACCUGCCAUUUUUCCGGCGCUCACUCAAAUUGAAAUCAAUCUGUUUCUGCAAUUGGGAGGUGCCGCUAGGCAUUAUGGUGAAUGGUUUCCACACGAAACCGAUGCACUUCUUGAUGGUAUUGAUCUAUAUGGUCCUGGUAAUUGGGUGGGGAUCAAAAAUGAUCAAGUUAUAGGUCCACGCCUACUUGAUAAGACGAGACAACAGUUAAGGAUCAAGUAAGAAUUGGUUGUUUUUGGGUGAAGAAGAAAAUGAGGAAGAGGGUGUUAAUGCUCAGGAUUGUGUUAAUGGUGGAGAUGAGGUUCAGGAUGAGCUGGUUAAUGCCGAUAAUGCUCAAGUUGGUGGCAAUGUUGAUAAUGCUCGGGGUGGGGAUGAAGUUCAGGAUGAGCUGGUUAAUGGCGAUAAUGCUCAAGCUGGUGUUAAUGAUGAAAAUGAUCAAGAUAAUGCUAAUGUUGAUCAUGUGCAGGAGGUUCAGAAUGAGUUGGUUCCGAGAAGCCAACCUGGGGUUGCUUUAAAUGGUAGGAUUUCACUUCACCGUAAUGUGAACUGGGGAUUCAGUACCCAGUUGAAUGCUUGGGGUGAUUUUGAGUUUGAUGAUGGACAAGAUUGAUGAAUGACCUGUUUCUCUAUUAUUUGAAGUAUGAAGUGAACUUCUUUCACGGAAAAUGUUCCGGGAGUUUUGUUAGUUAGUACUAACUGGUCCUAAUGUUGUUGGUUACUAGAUCAAAAUUGAAAAACCUAUUAUAUGAUUUUUUAGAAAAACCUGUAUCAUAUGAUUAUGCUAAAAUAGAGGUGUAAUGUUGCACAUGGAUGAGCUACAGAUCAUGGGAUUACAGGUAUGAAGACUGUAAUUCUGAAAUGAGGAUAAAGUUGUUCGUGAUGGUGGUAAUGUACAUGUAAUGGAUUGGUCGUGGCUGUGGUGAUUCUGAAAUCGCAGUUCAUGAGAAUGGUAUUAAUGCUGUGAAAGUUGGUCCACUGAAUAUAUUAAAAAUUUAAAAUAGAGGUGUAGUGUUGCACAUGGAUGAGGUUGUAGUUCUGAAAUGAUGAGAAUGGUAUUAAUGCUGAUUUAGUUCUGGCA